GAGUGGUGUGCGGAUUGUGUGACGGCUGUCGAUGCGAGAGGCGUGCGGCCCCCCUAGUUCGCUUGAAUCAGAGAGGUCGGCCACCGACCUCGGCAAGACAGAGCCAUGCGGGGCCUCUUUCGAUUGUCAAGGACGCUCUUCGACCACUACCGGGUGCUCGGUGAGCAGACGGAGCCAUCUUGAUGCACACAACGGACGGCGAGAGAAGCAGCCAGCCAUGCGAGUUGUCUGACUUGUGUGUGCUGUGCCGUGGUGUGGCCUGGCUGGUGUGGUGUGUGUGUGUGUGUGAUGUGGUGCAGGCGUUGCUCGCGACGCGAACAAGGCCAAGAUCCGGUCAGCGUAUCUCGAGAAGGCCAAGAUAUACCAUCCCGACGUCAACAAAAGCAGAGAGGCCGAAGCCAUCUUCAAACAGGUAGACCUUUGUGUCUGUCUGUGUGUCUGUGUGUAUCCAUCGGUGCCUUGUGCUGAAUGCUCUGUGUUUUGUGUGUGUGUGUGUGUGUGUGUGUGUGUCAGGUGCAAGAGGCCUACAGUGUGCUGAGCGAUGACACGAUGAGGAAAGACUACGACGUUUCUUCCGGUCAGCAAUUCCUCCAAGACCGACAGACGAACUCGACUCUUCAUGGUGUGUGUGUGUCCUGCAGGUUUGCGGACAGAGGACGGGUUUCGUGGCACCGGUCCGGGGCCGACGUCGAGCGCUUUUGCCGAGGCAUAUCAGAGGCAGUAUGAGCGGAUGAGGCGGGAGAGGCAGGCAGAGAAUGAAAACUUCUGGGUACGCCGCCCACACACACACCCUCUCACCACACACAGCAGGAUUAGUGGAUGGUGUGUAUGUGUAUGUGUGUCAGAAUCGUCAGCGUCAGCGAAUGGAGGAGAAGUACGGCGGCUCGUACCGGCGGCCGUACGACCCCUACUGGAUGUUCAACCCUGACCUCGCCAGCAGGGUCGUCCGCAUGAUACCGCUCAUACUCAUUCCGCUGCUCGUCCUAUCCUGGUUCGCAAGAAGUGGGUAAGUAUGUAGGCCCCGGUCGACGGAUGACGGACGGAUGCACCACCACACACACAUACAGAGAGCCUCUGAGAGGGGGCAGGAGAAUGACUGGAUGUGUGUGUGUUGCCUAUGCUUGUGUGUGGAUUGGUCAGUAAUCGUCAUCGCUUGUCGGAUUUGAGGAUGGAGUAUGACCAAUUAGGUGGGCGCCAAACUGACACACACGCACACAGGCGGACAGGUCAGGUGCCUCACAGAUGUGUGUGCGUAUCGCUGAUAUAUAUGAUUAGGUCGCGCUUGGUUGGUCGACAGCUUCGGGAGGGCUCACAGGGCGCCCAACUACGACAUCAGAAAGUAAACGCGCGACAACAUACUUACACACAGACCUGCAAAGGCACACACACAGCUUUCUGUGUGUGUGUGUGUGUGUCCAGGGCGUAGCAAGCAGCGUGUGGCCGGCCACGGCUGUGCUGUUGUUUCCUUCAUUGUGCGGCCAUCGAUCCCUCCAUCCAUCCAUCCAUGUGCUGCGCUGCGCUGCACGCCCCCCUGUAGAUAGAUCAGAUCAGACCAGACGGAUGCCUUGAUGCGUUUGGGAGUGCAGACAGACAGACAGACAGACAGGCAGAGAUGUGUUCAUGUGUGUGCACAGUCGAUUGAGCAGACAGACAGACAGAGGGAGCACCUGCAUCAUGUGUAUGUGCUGCUGCUGAGAGAGAGAGAGCGAGGUGGUGCUCAUCGACAAUGGCUAUCGGUGUUGGUGUGUCUGUCUGACGGGUGAUUUUGAACGACCUCCUCCCCCUCACGGCUGUGUCGGUCUGUGGUCUCAGUGUCUGUCUGACUAUUCUCUCUCUCUGUGGUGGUUUACAAGGCCUUCCUAUAUGCGCCAUAUGCAUGCCCUGUCGAGCAAUUUUGCGAAGGGCUGCACUGCAUGCCAUCCAUGGUGGUGGAUGAGUGGUGGCGGCGUCUGCCGGUGGACGGAUGGCUGUGUGUGCGCGUGUUGGUGUGUGUUGCUGUGUGUGUAUCAUAGACACAUCCAGCACGCGAUUAACGGUUUCGCUGGUGGCGCCG